AUGCUCCAGGCUCUGGACGCAAGUGGUGACACCAUCAUUCUGGGGCUUCAGGAUCCUUCCCGUCAUUGGUUGCCUGGAGCUCUUGGACCACCCCAGACGCAGAGCUGCGGAAAUAAGAGCAGCUGCUGGUGCUGGAGGCAUCAGAGGCAGGCGUUACCAGAUCGUGUGACUUCUGCAGUGCCAUCGCCUACCGCCAAGGCUACAGUCACUGCUCCCUCCUCUGCUUCAAGCCGCCCAGCUCCUGUUGCCAGAGAGGCGUCAUGGGGUUCUGGAAGUUUCUGCCCUUCCUGGUCCUCGGGCUCCUGGUCAUGUACCAGGCAGGCAUGCUCCAGGCAGCACCGUUCAGGUCAGCCUUGGAGAAUGACUUUGAUCCUGCUGUACUCACAGAGAAGGAAAUGUGCCUCCUAUUGGCUGCAAUGAUGAACGAUUAUGUGCAGAUCAAGACCAGUGAACUGAAGCGGGAGGCAGAGAACUUCCG